AGCUGGCCGGGCGGCUCGGGAGCGCGCCCCAGAGUUCCACCCUGUCUCCUGCUGCGGCCGGGCGGUGAGCACCGGAGCCCUCCGCUGACGCUGGCUGGAUCUGCCAGCGGCGCUUCUUUGUAAACUGUCUUCUGCAUCUUCUCCUGGAGGCCCAAGGUGAAGCGAAACAGAUCUCUGCUCCAGUGCUGUGGGACCUGGCGGAGAAAAGAAAAAAGCACAGAUCUCAACACUCUGUUUUUGUUUCUAAGCGGAUUUCAAGAUUUGAAAGAAAUACAGUUUAGAGAGUUCUGAAGACAGAAACUUUGUGAACUCAUAAAACAGAAGACCUGUUUGAAAUGUGGUGGUUUCAGCAAGGCCUCUGUUUUUUCCCUUCUGCCCUUGUAAUUUGGACAUCCACUACUUUCAUAUUUUCCUACAUUACUGCUAUAACUCUCCACCAUGUCGACCCCAUUUUGCCUUUUAUCAGUGACACAGGAACAAUAGCUCCAGAAAAAUGCUUAUUUGGGGCAAUGCUAAAUAUUUCUGCAGGCUUAUACAUUGCUACCAUUUAUGUUCGUUAUAAGCAAGUUCAUGCCCUAAAUCCUGAAGAAAACCUUAUCAUCAAAUUAAACAAGGCUGGCCUUGUACUUGGAAUGCUGAGUUGUUUAGGACUUUCUAUUGUGGCAAAUUUCCAGAAAACAACCAUUUUUGUUGUACAUGAAACUGGAGCUGUGGUUACAUUCAGCAUGGGCUCGUUGUAUAUGUUUGUUCAGACCAUCCUUUCCUACAAAAUGCAGCCCAAAAUUCACAGUAAACAAAUCUUUUGGAUCCGACUACUGCUGGUGAUCUGGUGUGGAGUGAGUGCAUUGAGCAUGUUGACUAGCUCAGUCAUUUUGUACAGUGGUGAUUUUGGCAUUGAUAUAUAUCAGAAACUCCACUGGAAUUCAGAGGACAAAGGUUAUGUACUUCACUUGGUUACUACAGCAGCAGAAUGGUCUAUGUCAUUUUCCUUCUUGGGCUUUUUUCUGACAUAUGUUCGUGAUUUUCAGAAAAUUUCUUUACGAGUGGAAGCCAAUUUACAUGGAUUAACCCUCUAUGACACUGCCCCGUGCCCUGUUGCCAAUGAACGAACACCACUACUUUCCAGAAAUUUUUGAGGAGAGGAUAAAGUAUUUCUGUGGUGAUCAUGAUUCUCAGGGAUUGGGAAAAGGUUAUUGCACUCUGGAAAUUUCAACCACUUAAUUAAGGUAGACAGUGGCAUUGAUGAAUAUUUAUGAUCAAGAGACAUGAAAUAAGCCAUUUGAUUAAUUAUCUUAAAGGAUAUCAUCAAGCCAGG